GCCGACACUCGAGUCUCUGCCCUGCGAGCAUUGCACCGUCGCUCGUUCUUCUCUACGCUCACUAUCCAACAUACUAGUUUAUUCUUUUUCCCUUCUUCUACCAUCUUCUGCCUCUUUACUUACGAAAUCAAACCCCCCCCUUUAAAACAUCCACGAAUCUCCUUUGCACUUCAGCUUCGUCGCAUACAUUCACCAUGAAGGGACUUAUUCUUGUCGGCGGCUUUGGCACUCGCCUUCGCCCUCUCACCCUGACGCUCCCCAAGCCUCUGGUUGAGUUCUGCAACAAGCCCAUGAUUGUGCACCAGAUCGAGGCUCUCGUCGCCGCUGGCGUGACCGACAUUGUCCUCGCCGUCAACUACCGCCCAGAAAUCAUGGAAAAGUUCCUGGCCGAGUACGAGGAGAAAUACAACAUCAACAUUGAGUUCUCCGUCGAGUCGGAGCCCCUCGACACCGCCGGCCCCCUCAAGCUUGCUGAGCGCAUCCUCGGCAAGGAUGACUCGCCCUUCUUCGUCCUCAACUCCGACGUCAUCUGCGACUAUCCCUUCAAGGAGCUCCUCGAGUUCCACAAGGCCCACGGCGAUGAGGGCACCAUUGUCGUCACCAAGGUCGAGGAGCCGUCCAAGUACGGUGUCGUCGUCCACAAGCCCAACCACCCCUCGCGCAUCGACCGCUUCGUCGAGAAGCCCGUCGAGUUCGUCGGCAACCGCAUCAACGCCGGCAUGUACAUCUUCAACCCCUCCGUCCUGAAGCGCAUCGAGCUUCGCCCCACGUCGAUCGAGAAGGAGACGUUCCCCGCCAUGGUUGCCGACAACCAGCUGCACUCGUUCGAUCUCGAGGGCUUCUGGAUGGACGUUGGCCAGCCCAAGGACUUCCUCAGCGGCACCUGCCUGUACCUGUCCUCCCUCACCAAGAAGGGCAGCAAGGAGCUGACCCCUCCCACCGAGCCCUACGUUCACGGCGGCAACGUCAUGAUUCACCCUUCGGCCAAGAUUGGAAAGAACUGCAGAAUAGGCCCCAAUGUCACCAUUGGCCCGGAUGUUGUCGUCGGUGACGGCGUCCGCCUGCAGCGAUGCGUCCUCCUCAAGGGCUCCAAGGUCAAGGACCACGCCUGGGUCAAGUCGACGAUUGUUGGCUGGAACAGCACCGUCGGUCGCUGGGCCCGUCUCGAGAAUGUGACUGUUCUCGGUGACGACGUGACCAUUGGCGACGAGAUUUACGUCAACGGCGGCAGCGUCCUGCCUCACAAGUCCAUCAAGGCCAACGUUGACGUUCCCGCCAUCAUUAUGUGAUUUAUCUCAUGUUGUCACGCAUCCUUGGCUCGCAUGGGCGUUUUUGUUCCCCAUGCGCUGCUUUCCGAGAUGAUCUUUGUUUCUUCUUCAAACCCCAUCUUUUCUUCUUUUAACUUGACAUUUCUCUUUUUUUUUUUUUUUUCCUUUUACAGAACCCCAUUUACGCCUUACCGCAAACUCACCACUCCUCCGCUAUUCUCAAGAGAUACCCUAUAUUGGUGGGGGAAACAGUCUUUGAGAGAAAAGAAAACCAAGCCACAUUUUAUAUAAUUACUACUAGUCUCGACAUCUUUUUUCCCUUUCUUCUUCUUCCUCAAGAAAAAAGAUGUCGUGUACACUUAUGUUGAGCCCCAAGUAAAUCGUUUGGCGUCUCGGGGAACCGGUUGGCAAAGCAUUCUUGGAGGGACAGGGACGAGGGCUGAGGGUUGAGAAGAGCAAUGACGGACGAGGCACUCAAGAUUUCCAUGUAUGAAAAGAUGAUAGCGUAGCGAAUGAAGUGUAUUUACGCUUG